AUGUUUCGUCGGAGUGUGCUUCUACAUGUAUUGCAUACAACCACUUACCAUGGCACCCAGAUGUUUCAUUGGAGUGUGCUCAUGAGUCUUGGUGUGCUACUAUGUGAGUAACUUUUUAAAAUUAAGUUACUAAAUUUACUGAUCUAGUGUUACAUUUGUUAAUUACUAAGUUAUAUAGGUUCUGGCACUCAUGAAAUUAUCUGACUAAUUAAUGUGUUGCAUAAUGAGCAUGUCAUAACAAACCCAUUUUUCAACUUUGUAUGUCAUAACUUGAGAUGUAUGUGUAUGUAGUAUUUUACAGACGCUAUUAACAGACGUGUGUUUAUUCGGGAUUUUGGUACCCACACUGAACAGUUAGUGCUUGAUGGGACAGGUAGGUUCUCUAUAAUGUCCUAAUUCAUUAGAAUUACACUAGUGUGAGGCAAACUUCAUCCUGUUACCCAAAACAAAAAUUAAUAUUACUAGUGUUGACAAGUUUAUGUGUUGGAAUGCCAGGUAUUGUUGUUUAUUCAAGGAGUCUUUUGCCAACAUAACAGUAGUGAUAUUAAGACAUUAAAAAGAUAUAAUUUGAUUCUAAAGGGACAAUUCAUACAGUGUACAUGUAUGUGUUAUUUUCACUAAACAAGUUACCCUUGUUUAAGAUGUUAAACAAGAUAUGGAGCUGAAGUAGAAAGCUUGGGGACAAGAACUAGAGGAGUUCACCAAGUUACAAUUCUGCAACUGUCGCAGCAAGAAAUUAGAGAAACAAAAUGAACACCUUGCUGUGGAUGUUGCAACCAAGCAGCUGGAGAUGUGAAAGAGGGUAUAGUGCUUUGAUUUCAUUUCAAAGUUACAAGGGUUUCAUUGAUGCUUUCAGCUGGAAGCUAAGGCAAUAUUGAUAUUCAUAGACAUUGGGGCACAGUAUAAGUGUAAUACGCAGAAACUGCCUCUGUCUAAUAUCAAUAUAAAAGUUGACUGAUGGUAGUGCUUCCUUGAAUUUGCUCAGGCCAUUAAUUCAGGUUUUUGUGAUCUCUAAUUAAAUAGUGAUACUAAAUUAACUAGUAUAUAUGUUUAUGAUCAGUUACUCAGUGUUCAAAUUCUUUUGUAAACAGGUGGUCAUUGACUUUUUAUUGUGCUUUUCUGGUGGCAUUUAAAUUUCAAUCAUUGUUUAAAUUCUUGACAGAAGUUGUUGUACUUUGUUAAAUGUAUAAUGGAUAAAACUUCUGAAGAAACAUAUAGCUGCCAGAAAUGAAGAAAUUGUUAUUCAAUCAGUCACUCACAGUGAAUUUUCUUCUUUUUGUUUAGGUUUGUAAAGAGUGGAAAGAGAUUGCCUUUGUUACAAGAAAUAAAGUUUUCAAAGACACAGAGCAAGAAGAUAUUGAUUUCUUUGACAUCAAGGUAUUUUAUGAGCUUAAAGUAGGAAAAAAUAAUGAUUAGGAUGAUGUAGACUUCAAGUACCAGUUGAAAAUCUUAAUUCAUGUGUCCUGACUCAUGCUUUAGUUAAGCAUAAAUUGCACUGAACCCAGUUAUAUAUUUACCUACUUAAAUGUACAUGUACUCUAUCAAAGCAAAAUUUUCCUUUUAUGUAUUAAAAUCUAGUGCAAAGAGUGGGGUUUUCUGCUUAAAGAGCCUUUUGGAAGCAGUCUUGGCACUGGAGACUACAGUCAUUUGACGAUAGACCAUGCCCCCAUGCUGAGGCGUUUCCUCUAG